AUGGAUAUCCAGCCAAAAUGGAAGGUGUUCCUGUGGAAGCUAUUUCAUAAUGGUAUUGCCGUCAAGGAAAAUCUGGCACACAGGGGUAUUCCGGUUGAACCAGAGUGUGAUCUCUGUAGAGAGGAAGAGGAAGACAGCCAGCAUCUUUUCAGGUAUUGUAUUCAGGCAAAGGAAGUCUGGGAGACAGGUUCCCUAGACGUUUGCCCAGACUUUCUUAGGUCUAUUCCGUUAAAAGAAUGGAUCCAGCACUAUAUCCUGCUCUUUUAUAGCGAGGAUGGUAAACAAGGAGCCCGAUGUUCGCGGUUUAUUGCGACUCUUUGGGGUAUGUGGAAGGCUAGAAAUGCCAGAUGCUUCAAGGAUUCGGCUGGAAGGAGUAACCUAGUGAUGGAGUUUAUAGAUCUUAAUACAAGAUCAUGA